GAUUCUCUUUCUCACGUACUCGUGGAGAUGCUCGGCUGGAGACCUGUGUGAGGAGAGGACAUGAGCUGACUGCCAAUGUGUUGCAGUUGUCGCAGGUUCUUCACUCGUUAAGGCUCAAGUUGCAUAUUGCAAAGGAGGCAGAUCAUCCUAAAUUUGUGAUGUGGCACAAAAAGUGGAUUGAGAAGAAAGAAGGAAAUGGUCAGGGAGAGAAAGCAGGGACAUCAUCUGACCCAGAGACCAUUGCUCCCUUGCCAGCCGACCUGAUGGAUAUUGUGGGUCCAGAUGGAUCGAGCCUAAACCCUCCACCACUGGGCAGUUCUGUCAUACCUGAUGCGACUCUCAACGAGGGCAUUGCCACCCCUGUGGGAAUGAGUCAAGCUGGCAUGCCCAAUCCUCUAAACACAAGCACCUCAAUGGAACUGGCACUGACACCCACUCCAGCUUCAGGUGUGUGGGGGAUACCUGGUGACAUGCCGAGUGUCCAGCAGAUAGCAGACCAGACUUUUGAGAGUGCUAUUCCAACCACUGAGUUCUCCAAGAAGCUUCCAGCAAGUGAUGUUGCAGAGAUAGAAGGUGAGACAAUACCUGAUGCCAACCAGAACAAAAAUGAAGAUGUUGGGGGUAGUAAUAGUAAGACUGAGGAUUUGGACACUUUGGAAAGUCAGGCAAGCUCAACUGAGGCACAAGAAUUAUCUGCGACACAGGAAGUCACUGAUACAAGCAAACAGGGAUGUCCUCCUGAUACUUCAGAAAUUUCAUCUGCAUCCUCCACAGAAGAGAAGACAGGCAAUGAGGAGAAUAAAGAAGAACAAAGGACAACCAAAGAACAGAUGGAAACAGUUGAUGCUUCAGAUAACUCGAAAGCUAGCAUUACCAACAAACAUUCAGAAGUUUCCAAAGAGGCUUCAUCAGAGACCACUUCUGACCAGAUGGCGACCAAAACUCAGUCUGAGCCUCCCGCAAUAUCGAAAGAGGAAGGAGAGACUGAAGCUUCAGAGGAUGCCAAGAAGUGCUCAAGUUCAGAAGGGGUUCCUGAAGGUGGACCAACAAGUGAGUCUCUCCCUACUGACAAAAAGGAGACUCAUGAUCAAAGAGAAGGCACUGAUUCAGCACAGGAAACAUGUGCUCCAGAAGAAGAGAAGCAAGGGGAAGAGAUUAGAAACAAAGAAGCUAAGGAUUCAACAAAGGAGGAAAAUGAAGAAGACCCUGAGGCUAACAAGAGUCAAAAGGAUGAAGCAGCAGACAAAAGGGACACAGAGAUUGCAGAAACAAAGCCAUCUGGAGACACCAAGGGGACUGAGAGUGAAGAAACAAUGGAAAAAGAGAUGACACCAAACCUUGGAGAUAUUGAGCUGCCCCAAGAAGAGGACAUAGUUGCUGCUGAUCUGCCACAGACAGAGGAGAUUGAAGCCCCAGGGGAUGUGCUAGAUGAUGAUGAUGAAGCCCAGCUAGAUGACGGAGAUGAUCUUGCUGCUGCUCUGCUGUCCUCACAGACAGAACUGGAACAACUGGUAACACAGGCUAGUUCUGCCUUGUCCCCUCAUGUAUCAACUCCUAGUCUGGAGCCACAAGUUGUGGCUCCCAUUAUCCCCGAAGCUGAGAGGAUUGAACCUGUGAACUGUAAGUUGAACCUCUUGGAGCACGUGCAGGUCAUGCAGAGCAACAUAACCAAAAGAUUUGAUGAGAUUGAAAAACAGCUUGAAGUGCUGGAAGCGGAGAUGGGGCUCUCAGGUGACACAGGAAAUGACGACUGUGAAGAAGAAAGUGAAGAACGAGAUCCCGCGACACUGCAAGCCAGAGCGCUCGUCAAGCUCAUUCUCAAUGACAUCAACACAGUGAAAAAGAUUGCUGAAUUCACCCACUAGGGUACAGAAAGUAAUAUAUUAUUAUGUGGCAGAUCUCAGUGAUUUUGAUCUCAGUGCAAAGAUAUGUUUGUGAAUACUGUAGUGAUACAGUGAUGAGGCCAUUUUAGACUGUUCCAAGAUACUGAGUUUCAGUAUUGUGUGGUGGGAAAUUUGACAAAUAGAAAACUUUGACUUGGUUGUUGCGUAUUUUUCUUUCCUGUGCAAAGGAGAAUUUAAGACAUUUAUAUUACAUGCAAGAAAAUGCAUUUUGCACCUGUGAAGACUGUAAAGCUCAUAGAUGCCAAGGCUGGUUAAUAAAAGUGAUAUUGACAAACUUUAUCUUCAAAGAGAUGAUAUCACAUAGAAAGGAAAUGCAGUUCAUGUGCACUAGGAAAGAAAUUAAAAGUACUAAUAAACCAAUUAAAAAAAGUUGUGAGAUGAGUUUCAGUAUUGAUAAGGUAUUGUUAUCUUUAGUAAACAAUACAUUACACAAUGAAGUGUGUUAAACUGUUAACACUUGAGAUGCUGAAGGAAAGUGUUUCAUCUCCAAAGCAGGAGGCAGUGUGUAGCUCAUGUGGUGACUACGUUGGAAAUCAAAAGUGGUUUUGUACUAAGAACCACAAACUAAUUGUUUCUCAGAACAGGACAUAUUCUCUUAUUAAAUUAUGGAAAAUAAUAAAUAUCCAAAUGCAUUUAUGUGUGCUUUCCAUAAACGGUGAUGGGAACUUGUGAGAUGAAUAAUUUAUACGCAGCCUCAUUUCUGACAAAAAUAGAAAACAGUUAUUCAAACUGACUGAGUAUAAUAUUCAGUAUAGAAAAAAAAAUUGAAUUAACUCUUUGUAGUACAUUUAUACAAUAAGUAUAUAAAUGAUGAAGGCACAUAGGAGAUGUCACACUUUCAUGAAAAAGUAUUUCUGGAAGAAGUUAGUAACUAGAUGGCAGUGCAAUUAGCAGAGUGUACAGUGAAUGGUUAACUAAAGAAUAUAUAUUAAGUUAUUAUAUGAAUUUGAAUUGAAACUUGUGCUUGACCAGUACCGGCAUUAAUGAAAGAGAAGUUUAGAGUCGGUGUUUGAUGUAAAAGUGAAUCACAAAAAACUGAGUCCUAGUAUUUCUUUUCAGAUAUGUAAUCCAUUUGCAGAUGCAAUGUGGAAUUUAUGAUGCAUUUGUAUUUUUCUUCAGUUCUUUAUAUGUAGAUAUGAUGCCUGUAGUAAUGGCUAAGUAACGUCUGAAUUUAUUGUUUAGUUUCGUUUAAACUUGUCUGAAUUAAUCAAGUUUUCUAUGUUGAAGAAGUUUAACUGUGUUUACAAAAGGCUUGAAUCAUGGCUACUAAGGUUAUAUUGUUCGUUAAAUAAUAGAGGAAAUCUAAUUUCAAAAUUAUCUUAAUAUGCAAAAGUCUUGUUUUCACACAAUAGGAUGUAGUUGACUUCCAUGAACAUGUGUUAUAAAUUAAUCAAUUCUUAUUUACAUGGCCACUAAAUAGAUACCACAGAAUACUAUGUAUUUUGAGAAAUAUUUGUGGACUUUUAGAAAGUUGAAGGAAGUGAUUUAUCUUCAAUACAUGUACAUAUAAAUUCCUAUGAAAUUUGUAAAAAUUAAUCCUCAGUACUAUGUUUCUGGAAAGAAUAGCUGUUUUUUUGUAUUUUCUACAUGUAUGUACUGUAUGCAAGAUGCUGUAUAGUAUGAUAUCAAGAAAGUUAGUGAAUGAUCUCUGUAUCAUUGAUAAUACAUGUAUCUCAGUUUUUUUCCCUUUGUGUUUUUUUACACAAUGUAGGUCUUGCUGAUGCCUUGCUCCGUAAAUUAUUAAUCUGAGGUCUGAGAAGAUGUAUGAUGAUUAUGAGUACCAAACUUUCUGUGCAAAGUUACUCAAGUACAAUUAAUUUAAUAUAAGAAAUAGAGUUUAGUUGUAUAUUUGUCAUAGUAAAAAAUAUACCUCAAAAUUAUA